AUGUCACCUGAAAUGUUGCAAUCUAAGGCACAGUUAACUACAACUGUGAAGAGCAACGGCAAAGCUUAUCGUUGGAAGGAGGUAGUGUGUGGACACCUUCCAUCUCAGCUGUCCCUCACGGUUGAUGUACUAAAUUCCAGCCGCUUCAUAGCCUGCUACCGAUGCAAACGUGUUAGAGGUGAGUAUGAUUUUCCAGGUUUUGUAUUUGACAAUCAUAUUUUCGGCUCACUUCCUGGUGUGGAAUGCAUCUCCAUGGAUCUGCCACUAGACAUGGGUUGGCUAAAAAAUAGUCGUAAAGCCCUUAGACUUCCGAAAAAUGUCACACCAUACCCCUGGUACAAAAACGCGGUAGCAGUUUCAUUCACUGCCCUGAUGGUAGUUGUAGUAUGA